CAUCAGAAGCUGUUGGUGGCCGUUGGUGGCCCCGCCGCCAUCUUGUGCCCCCGAAGGAGGAUGCGGCCCCGGCUGCCCACCUCCUCCGUGCUGCUGCUGUGGGUCCUGGGCAGCACCAUGCCUGCUGUGGUGGCACCGUGGAUGUCCUUGGAGGUCUUUGUUGAGUGCGGACGGCGGCCGCUCGUGGAUGGCAGCUUAGAAUCCAGGAUUGUGGGCGGCCACGAAGCCCUACUGGGAGCUUGGCCGUGGGCCGUCAGCCUCCAGGUGCACCUCGUGGGGGUGGAAUUUGCCCACGUGUGCGGCGGAGCUUUGGUCAGUGAGAACUCCGUGCUCACCGCCGGCCACUGCACGACGGGACGGAUGGACCCGUAUUAUUGGAGAGCUGUGCUGGGCACAAAUAGCCUUUGGAAAUACAGCAAACAUGCAGCAAAAAGGAGCAUCGCCCAGAUCUCCGUGCACCCCGACUUCAACAGAGAGACGUUUGAAAACGACAUCGCGUUAUUUAAGCUUCAUUCUGCUGUGCACUACAGCGACUACAUCCAACCCAUCUGCUUACCUCCUGCACACCCUCAGCUGUACCCUGACAAUGAAACAAGGUGUUUCAUCAGUGGCUGGGGACGCAUAGCAGAAAAAGGCAAAACUUCGUCUGUGCUGCAAGAGGCAGAAGUGGAAAUCAUUCCUUCUCAUGUCUGUAACAGCUCUGAUGCAUAUGGAGGUCUGAUCAACGCCAACAUGAUCUGUGCUGGCUCUUCAUCAGGAGACGUUGAUUCCUGCCAGGGAGACAGUGGAGGGGCUUUGGCGUGCCACCACCCCAUAGCCAACAAAUACUACGUGAUGGGGGUCACCAGCUUUGGGCUCGGCUGCGGCCAUCCCAAAUUCCCCGGCAUCUACGUCCGAUCGGCUCCAUACAGAAAGUGGAUCAAAUCCCAACUUCUGCUGAGCAGCACAGCCACAGCUCCUGCCAGCACCGCCCUUCCCCUGACUGCCAUAGGGAUGCUGCUCCUGUACACUUCCUAAAGCAGCAUCAGCAUCAGCACAGCUCGGCCGGCGCGUUCAGCUCACGUUCCACAACAGGUCGUGGAGCAAUAGGCCCUACUUGUGUGCAUCCAACCUGCAUUGUAAACAACACUUAAAGAAAA